AACUCUGAUACACUGACACCCUCUCACCCUGUCAUAAACACCCUGUCUCCAGGGUAUUUUUUUUCCUUAGGUAUAAUGGAGAUUGUCAGUUCUUCAGCCACCUUUCUCUCCAGCUUUCUCAUCUUACUCUUGCUUGAGACACAUACAUUGGCUUCAGAGCAAUUUUCAGUGAUUGGACCUACAGAACCCAUCCAGGCUUGGGUAGGAAGAAAGGCAGACCUACCAUGUUACCUGUCUCCCCAGAAAAAUGCUCAAGCCAUGAAGGUGAUUUGGUUCCAAUCUCUGGAAAUAGUGCAUCACUAUGAGGAUGGGCGGGAUAAGUUUGACGAUCAAAGCCCUAAAUUCCAAGGGCGGACAGAGCUGGUGAAAGAUGCCAUCACUAGAGGAAAUGUCACCCUGAGGAUAUGGAACAUUACAGCCGCAGACAAAGGACACUACAAAUGCCAUUUUGAUGAUGGUUUGUAUCAAGAAGAAGCUGGUAUAGAACUAUUUGUCUCAGGUGAGGAGUCAAAAGUGAAAUUCUGGAGAUUUGGGGCUUCAAUAUGAAGAAUUGGGAGGGUAUUUUUUCCCAUCUGAAUAAAGACAAGUUGAGGGUGGUUGUCAGAGGAGGCAGGGAAACUUGGGUCCUGAAAUAUGGAAACCAUGACAGGAAAUUUAAACCAGCUUUGUAAUACUAGUCCCAGAGGUAAAGAAGGAAAAAGGAAAUGAGCAAGGGGAAAUAAAGAAAGAGAAAAAGAAAUAUGAGAGGGGACACUGGUGAUGAAAGAGAGAAAACAAAGAGGAAAGACAUAGAGGAAGAACCUGUACCUUUCCAUCUUAUCCACAACUCUAAUAUGAGAUGUAGGAUCAUGAGCUUUGCUAAAAUUAUAGGAAAACUCUAUCUAUAGCAUUUCCCUCAUCUACUAGCCUAGUAAUCCUAUCACAAAAGGAAAUGGUGUUUGUCUGGCCUUACUUGUUCAAUGAAUCCAUACUGGCUCUUGCUAAUCAUUUUCUCACUUUUCUAAAUGUUCACUAACAAUCUCUUUCAUUUCUAGAAUUUUCCCAACAAAAUCAAAUUCAUUGGCCUGUAAUUUUCAGACUCUUCUUUUCCCUUUUUGAACAUCACAUUUGUCUUCCUCCAAUCUUGCAGUAUACUUUCCCUUCUCCUGUGAUCUUUCAAAUAUCAAUGUCAAGGAUUCAGGAAUUGUAUCUGCUAGGCCUUUCAGAACAUGAGGAGGUACUUCAUUGGAGCCAAGUGAUUUAAAUUCAUUAGGUAUUCUCUUACUUUCACCUUACUUCAAUUCAGUAUCUCUUACUUUUAAUAGACAGUAUUAAGAGAAACAUAAUCCAUGGUACCUCAAUCUUUAGUUCCUUGCCCAAGAUGAUAUUCGUUGGCAUACUUUUUCUAUUCCUUCAGAUCAUUUGGGUC